AUGCGGUCAAUUUCGCUCCUAACUUGGCUGUUUCUCGCGGCGACAGCGGCGCAAGCUGCUGUGCGCGUGGAACGUCCAGUCCACGCACAGCUUCCAACCAUUGCCAGAUUUGGGCGACCAUACUCAUGGUCCUUCGCAGCAGACACUUUUGUCGAUACCAACGCGACGGCGCCUCUUCUUUACAAUGUCAGCGGUCUUCCUCCAUGGGCCGAAUUUGAACCUGGAAGCCUCUCAAUCUCUGGUAUACCGCCCAUACCAGAAAAUGGACGAUCUCGUGAGAACAACACAAUCACCCUCACCGCUACAAAUCCGAAGACCAAGAGCAGUGCUUCUACGCUGUUCAACUUGAUAACAAUGAAUGGCACUGGUCCAAUCGUCAAUCAACCACUUUCCCAACAGUUGCUCAACGCAACAUCACUUGGUGCCAAAUCCAUCUUGCCCUCCGGAGCACAGCUGCUGCCUUUGGGCUGGUCCUUCUCCAUCGGGUUUGCAGGAGACACAUUCACUUCCGACAGUCAUCGCGUCUAUCUCUCAGCGGCACUCGCCGAUGGGUCGCCUUUACCUGAUUGGAUGCAUUUUGAUCAGACUGUCACACUGUGGGGCCUGGCUCCGACGGACGUUCGCACCGCAGGCAGCUUUUAUACUGUGGUUGUCACCGCUAGCGAUGUGGCAGGAUAUGCAGGUGUCAACAGCUCGCUGCAGGUGGUAGUGAGCGGUGCUCAGCUCAUUCAGGCAGCACCGUUCCCACUCAUCAAUGCGACAGCUGGACAAUCUUUCCAAUCCGUACUCCCACUUGACAGCAUCGUCGACUCUAGUGGUGUCCCUGUCAAUACGUCCUUGCUGAGUUUGACUGCCAAUACCAGCUUUGUCGGUCCUUGGCUCGCUUUUAACGAGGCUACGCACACCUUCUCUGGAACACCACCGUUCAAUCUCACCCAAGCCGAGCCUUUGAUUAUCACUGUGCCGAUAACGCUGACCAAUUCAAGCAGACAAGAUGCACGCGCUGUCCCUACCUCGGCACGCAUCAUUGUCUUCCCUUCCUCUUUCUCGGUGUCGUCUUUGCCCGACGUUCAGGUCACGCCCGGCAAGGUGUUUGAGAUCGAGUUGGGUCAGUAUAUCCGGUCAAGUCAAACGCCUCCAAAGGUCACCCUGGAUCCACCCUCGGCAAAUCAGUGGGUUAACUUUGAUCCCUCCACAAUGCUGCUUUCAGGCACUGCUCCCAAGAACGAUAUCGAGAGAGUACAGGUCAACCUUUCAAUAGGAUCGGAAGAUCCGAGUAGUCACCGAUACGAAUCCACCCAGAGCUUCACCAUCAGCCCGUUGUCGUCAUCUGGGUCGCCUACACCGCUUCCUGCACCGGGACGAAGCGCAGCUGAAGGGCCUAGCAAAUCUUCGUCUUCAGCCAGCUCGACAGGCGGAUUCGCUUCAUCCGCUGCUACCUUCGAUUCAAGCUCUGGCGGUCUGAGUAGCAAAGCCAAGUUCGCUAUUGCAGCUUCCUUGGGUGGUGUUGGAGGUCUUAUCGUGCUCAUUUUGCUCAUGGUCUGCUGUCGUCGUCACUGCGCGGCUGAGGACCGCCACUUCCGAGGCGCACAUCCCGAUGAUACGCGCUCCGACUUCGAGAAGCACUAUAACGGCGAUGGGCUUGACGACGACCGAACAUUGGCCGACGAGCGAUCACCCCGAUUUGGAUGGGCGAGUCUUGGUCCAGUAGGUAAGAAGUCCGGCAAGGGCAAGAAAGAGGACGAAGAAUCCAGUCCCUAUCUCGAUCCCUAUGCAGCCUUGGCUGCUGCAGGUUAUUCUUCGGCAGAUCGAUCUCCAUUUUCAGAUGCAAUGACUCUGGCUCCCUCAGAUGAGGGCCAUGGACAAAGAGUCUCGAAUCACAAUACCGGCCAAAUGGUCACGACGCUGGCGAAUGUGAGGCCAGGAGGGAUUUCAACUACUACCGGUUCUGCUUUCGCACCAACACCCGCUUUCACUAUUACUAAUCCUUCGCCACUGGCAGUCGAAAAGCCAAGGCGGAGCUCGGUUCUCAACCUGUUCAACAGAAUGCCCAAGAUAUCCAAGUCUGGUCGAUCUAUCAACAGCCUCUCCGCUGAAGCUUCCCUUCAGCAUGAAAGCGGCCUGAAUGGGGUUCGGGCUGAUCUGGCUCGACCGAUCUCGAUCGGACUGGGCCUCGAGGGAAUGGUAGAGCGUGACUUGUCCCAAAUGACCACUUCCAAGAGCCUUGCUGCCCGUAGCAGCUGGGAGUCAAAUCUGUUCUAUGACGACACCAUGGAUCGAGGGGUCAGCACUUCAGCGGCGCCAAGCACUCCAGAACGACGUCGCAGCGAGGCGAUGCGUACCGAAACUCUUAGCCUUGAUUCUCCACUCGAGGUUCCGGUCCGUCGCACCUUGGCAUCUGCCCCAAUGCGUCAUAGAAAUGCACACAUCAGCACUUCACCUGCAUUCAACCUCGCUGCUGGGUUCGAAAGCUCGCCGGGCCACGACGAAGAUGUAUCGCAGGAUCUUUCGAACGUGACCGCCAGUGUCGGACACACCCGACACCAAAGAGGCGGUGGAGGAUCUCUUGACUUGAAUGACGCUGUCGUUGGAUUUGCUCGAAAAGUCAACAUGGAACCAACGCGCACAGUUCCUCCACCUCAACAGGUCAGCAUUCAACACGGGCAGCGUGAUCUCUCCCAGCAUCUGGAAAAAUACAUGCACAGAGCUCCCCAAAGAGGCUCCUCUGCUCCACCUGUGGACGACGAUGAUCCGUUUGAGGAUGCCGAGGAUGACCCGACUGCAGCUGCCACGAUGCAGGCCACCGCGGAAAACACCAAAAGAAAUUCAGCAGCCAGUUACGUUCCCGACCUGGCUGGCGCCGAGACGGCAGCCGUCAGGUAUCCUGACAGCCGACGGAGCUCUGCGAUUUCAGGGGUAGUAGACGCCGCUUCAACCCCUAUACGUAGCAGAGUAGCUGUUUCUAUGUACAGUGAGGAUGGUCAGCGAGGUCCGACAGUACGAGCGGUAAGACAGUCGACCGGACCAUUGCCCCCUUCGCCCGUCAUUCCUGGCGCAUCAAAUCAUGCAGUCUCGGGCGACAGCGAGGGUGCUCAAACACCGAUUAGGGCCAGCCGAACUAUCGCCGCGACAGGCACCGCGGAAGCUGGUGCUGCUUCAACUGAGACCAGACGUCCUUGGUCUGGCAGCUCGAGCACUUCUCUUGGAGCGCCACUCUUCCAAACUCCUCAGUCCACAGCCACCCCUUCCCGAACACGCGCUUCGCACAAUCCUACUCCCUCAUUCUCACACCAUCGCAGCGACUCGUCUGCUCGCUCUGGCGAUGCUCCGCCUCCAAGUAUUUCAACACCAUGGACGAGCGUUCGAUCACACUCCGUCACAGUUCGGCCAGGGGAAAUGAUUCGCAUCUCUGCGCUUUCUGGUACUGCGGCCCCUCCUAUGGUUGGUGGUGCGCCUGGUUCACCAGGAAAACGAUCUGGACGCAAGCUCAGCUAUCACCCAGUGUUACAGGACGAAAAGUACUUUGAGUACUACAACACUUGGCCCGAGUUUCUUCACUGGCUGAGGUGGGAUGAUCGUAUGCAGGAGCUUUCUGGCACGGUCCCUCCUAAAUUUGGACCGACUCCGCUUAGUCUGAAGUUGGCAAUUCUAGCAAGGCCAUCUGGCGGAGCGCCUCCAAGUCCUAGUCCCAACUCUAGCCCAACCAAAUUUGGAACGCGAACGAGCUACGGUCAUGCCAGAACUGGCUCGAAUGCAUCCAAUGCUUCGAGCAUGGUUGGCGUGGCAGGAAGCGAGUAUGAGGUAGCAGCGAUUGUCCUGCUCAACAUCCAGAAGCUUGCUCCCUCGACUCCAGGAAAGGCGAAGAUCUUGUAG